AUGUCAUCUGCGGUACCAUAUGAACCGGAUGAUUUUGAUAACAAUCCGUUUUCAGAGCAAGGUGUGAUUCCACCUGCAUCCAAUUUGGUUCAGUCAUCGUCUUCUCAAUCACCCUUAGAACACUCAGAGCGUGAUAACGACACAGGUGAUAUUAAAUCUAAUGAGUCCCCGAACAAAACACAGAGUGACUUGGAUAAAGUAGCCAACAAACUGUUCAGAGAUUUUCCUAACGAACAGGACCUCAAAAAAUACAUUCCAGAGAGAUUAAACAGGAAGUCGUUCAACAUUUGCGUAAAAAUUCAGGAGGUUGAAAAGAAUGGAAACAUAACAUACAAAAACCCGGUCUUACGAUUUAACGCAAGUGUGAAAAACAUACCUGGAUUUAGAAGGAGCCUUUAUAGAGAUGUGAGGAGAACAUACAAAGAGAUUCAAGGCCUUUACAAAUAUCUGAUCUUCAAUAACAUUGAAGUUUUUGUGCCUGCAUUACCAUCAAUAACAAUCGCGUACAAGGCAAUGUCUCCGGAAUUUUUGAGUACAGUUUCUAGAAGCACUCAGGAGUGGUUUGAUAGAGUGUGCUCCAAUCCGAUUUUGAUAAGAAACCAGGAGUUCAUUUUGUUCUUUGAGCAAAAUGAUUUCAGUUAUACCCCUUCAAAAACGAAGCCAUCCAGCAAUUCUGUCAUGGCUACUGGAAUAAGAAGAAAAACUUUGAAACAAUUACAGCCACCGUAUGAUGCAUGCGAAGAACUUGCUGAAUACCGGCCGAUGAUUAAAUCAAUUCAUAUAGAAUCGGAGAAACUGACCUCAAAAAUGGAUGAUAUUCUGAGACUUGAGAAACAACUAUGCGUUCUUGAUUCAGAUUUUUAUUCGGAUAUAUCUAAGCUGUCCCCUUUGAAUGAUGACAAGCAAAUUGGGAAGGUCUGGAAUAAGUUUAACAAGGUGAUGCAAGUGUUUACUGAAAUGAAUUUAGUUUCUGUUGUUGGAUUCGAUUCCGCCAUUUCCAAUACGUUCAAACUUAUAUCGGAUGAUUGUUACAACAUAAAAGAAUCCUUGACAAAUCGUCAUCUGUUAAUGAGAGAACUAAUUAAUGCAGAAGAAAUAACGAAGAAGAAACAUGGCGUUAUCACUAGACUAAAGUCAAAGUCCAUCAUAGAUCCGAUCAAAAUUGAUGAGGCAAUCAGGUCUUUGGAGAUGGCCAACAACUAUGAAAAGGAAAUACGAUAUGAGGUUAAAAGGACAACUUAUGAAAUGCUUAUAGAAUCAAGAGACUAUACAGAGUAUUUCACCCAAACACUGAAAAGGCUUUUGAAAUCGCUUGCAAAGCAACAAAUCCGGCAGGAACGGAAGAAGCUUCAUCUUCUAACAUCAAAUAGGAUUAUCAACCCCAAGGAAUCAUUAGGCAGAUUGGGCAGAGAAUCAUAUCCGGAGGGAACUGCGAAAAGCUCACAAAAUUUCCUUUCCGAUGAUUCCUGGACUUCCAGGUCCAGAAAAAUUGCAGAUAGCCCUAUUCAAAAUUCCAAUGGUUCCAAAAACAGGAGUCGGGCAGGACUUGAUGAGCUGUCAAAUGUUGAUGCAAAAAAUGCUGCAAGUCUUUUGGCCAGUUCUUCCUUUUGA